GGCGUGGUUGGAAUUUCGAAAUUUUGCUCGUACUCGUACUUUCUUACAGGCUUUUUUACCUCAUGCUCAUAUUUCGUAUACAGGUGCGAGUACGAAUUUUGGUACGAGCUUCCAUCCACUGUCCUUGAGUUAAUUUUGGUGACAUUUGAAUCAGCUCUUGCAAGCAAUUUGAAUGACUUACAUAUAUCGCCAUAUCUACAUAAUUCUGUGCCUACACAACAAUUUUCCCUUAUUUUAGCCAUUUUUUCAAAUUUAUUUUUAAAAGAAUUUUCUUUAUUUAUCAGUGAUUAAAAAUAUUAUUAUUAAUUUAUUCUGCAAUAACAUUAUUUUAAAAUGAUGAGGAAACUCGUGAUACUUUUAAUUUAUUUGAUCGGGAUAUUUUUUGUUAACGCUGAUCUGGCCCACAACUCACGUGCCCGCCGUUUCUGUUGUGGAGGUGUUUCUACUUUUCAAAGCUUUAGCAGUGGUGGAAGUACUGGUUGCGUUGUUUCGGACAACAAGCUCUACAUAAACGGCAUAUUCACAAAAGAUUUGAACCCUGAUGAAGUUCAAGAAUUAGAACAAUACAAGAAUGAUGUUGCCGAAUACCGCAAUAAAUCUAAAAAGUACUUUGAGGAUAAUUGGAAUGCUCCAUUCGGAGGGGAAGAAGAAGGCAAGACAAAGGAAAAGGCUCCCGAACCUCCCAAGUCACCAAGUUUUUGUGGACAGAAGGCCAGAACUCAAUUUGUAUUCAAUGGAUGUAUGGUUCAAGGAGACAGUCUUUACAUUGGAAACAAUUUUGUUCGCAAACUGAAUGAGAGUGAGCAAAAAGAGUUGGAGGAAUUCGACGAGAAAUUGGAGGAGUACCAAAAGGCGUUGAAUGAGCAAAUUAAUCGCCAAGUUUCUGAAUCAUUUGGCAAAUCAUUUGGACGCUUUUUCGGCAAGAAACCCUUUGAUUUUGGAUCGGAUUCUGACGAAAUCGAGUCUACUGACAAAACUUCCACUCUCCCAGCUGAACGCAAACAACUAAAUCCUUCAAAAUCGUCAAAACUUGAAAUGCCCAAACCCCCAGAAUUUUGUACUAUCGUUGCUUGA